AUGUGUGCUUUUCGUUAUUACAAUUGCUUGCAAUCCAAACCACUGAUCGUGGUCGUUUUAACAAAACAAAUAUAUUCAUCGCCAUGCAAAUAUACAACUUUAAAUGCAUUACUACAACGUAGCUUAUCACACAAUCCUGUUCCUGAUUGUAUAGAUAAUAAUUAUUGUCGAGAUGAUAUUAAUUUGGAUUUCCUUGAUGUUGUUCUUCACAUUGACUGUUGCUGUAAAACAGGUACGCAUAAGGUAUAUUUGAAGACACUUUUCCCCCAAUGAAAUAAUCUGGCUACAAUGAAUUUUACACGGUAUAUUUAUGCAAUUAUUAUACGUAUUUGUAGUAGUAGGUGUUCACUAUUUGUAUAACGAGUGUAAUAAAAUAUUUAGAAUAAAUAACGGAUAAGGCUUAACUAAUUUUCUCUGUCAGGCCAAGUCAAAUUCAAUAUUCUAUUUUCCUUUUUUUAGCCAAAGUGUUCCACCUCUUGCAAUGGUAUCCCAGGAAUACCUGGCGUACCUGGAUCGUCUGGAACGCAGGGAAUGCCUGGAACAAAGGGGGACAUGGGUUCCACAGGUCCUGUUGGGACAAAAGGUGCUCCUGGAGAAAAAGGAUCGGACAGUGGCUUGUAUUCUAACUGGAAGCAAUGUGCUUGGGCUCGGUCAGAUGGCAAAGAUAACGGAUUGAUACAGGUUUGUUAAAAGCUGAAAUCAACUGCUACAAAUGAAUAAGAGCACGAGCCCUCAACCUUUCUUUGUUGUGGGUAUCACAUCAUACAGAUAUAAUGUUUGGUAUGCAUGAGUUAGAGCUUACAAAUACAAUUCUUUAUAUUUCAGUACCUAUUUCAUUAAAUUAAUAGGAAACUUUUAUUCAUUGCUAAUUUUUCCCCCAAAGGAAUGCUUGUUCAACAAGAAACACCAUGAUUCUUCACUUAAAGUCUCUUAUGGCGGUAAUUUACGUAUAUACAACUGCAAUAGUUGUUGCAAACGUUGGUAUUUUACUUUCAAUGGAGCUGAAUGCAAGAAACCAUUGGCAAUUGAUGGUGUUUUUUACAUGGCAAGAGGGGCAGGAGGUCAUGGAGAUAUUCAUCGCCACCGUUACAUUGAAGGAUACUGCAAUAAAAUUCCAAUCGGUAUUGUUCGUGUUGGUUUCUGGGUUGGGAAUUGUAAUGGUUAUGGAAAUGCUGAUGCCCAUUCUGGUUGGAACUCCAUAUCUCGUAUUGUGAUUGAAGAAGUUCCACCAGCACAACCUUAA